AUGGAGGCCCCCCCGCCGCGCCUGAGCCCGGGGGGGCCCUGGCGGGGGGGGGCCGGGGGGGUGGGGCGGCGCUUCGGGACCCGCCUGCGCUGCCCCCUCCCCCCCCCCGCCCGCGCGCCCUGCGACGCUGCUGCGCCCCCCGGGGGUGCGGGGGUCCCUGCGCCCCCCCCCCGCGCCUGCGCCGCCCCCCGCGACUGCUCGGGUCCCCGGCAGCGGGCUGCGACGCCCCCCGCGGCACCGGAGGCGACACCGGGGGUCCCGGAGGGGGGUCCCGGAGGGGGUCCCGGGGGUCUCGAGGGUCCCGGAGGGGGUCCCGGACCCCCCGGGGGUCUCGGAGGUGCCCCCCCUCCCCCUGCGCCCCUCGGGCCCUGCUUCAACGGCGGCGCCUGCGCCCCCGACCCCCCGGCCCGGGCCGGCUACAGCUGCCGCUGCCCCCCCCGGCUUCCGGGGUCAAACUGCGAGCGGAGGGCGGAUCGCUGCGAGCCCCACUACUGCCUCAACGGCGGGCAGUGCCAGGACCGGCCCGGGGGCCCCUGGCCGCGCUGCCGCUGCCCCGCGGGGUUCUCGGGGCGCCGCUGCGAGCACAACGCGGACGACUGCGCGCCGAACCCGUGCGCGCACGGCGGCACGUGCCAGGACGGGGCCAACGCCUUCACCUGCAGCUGCACCUUGGGCUUCGCGGGUCCGCGCUGCCGCCGCCGCGCCGGCGCCUGCGCCCCCCAGCCCGUGCGCGCACCGGCGGGGACGUGCUUCACGCACUUCUCGGGGCCCGUGUGCGCCUGUGCCCGCUUCAUCGGGCCGCGCUGCGAGGAGCGCCUGGCCGCGCCCCCGAGCCCCCCGAACCCCCCGCCCGGCGCGGGGGGCGCGGCCCCGCUGGCGCUGUGCGCGCUCCCGCUGCUGCUGCUGGCGCCCCGGCGUGGGGCUGGCCGUGGCCAGGAGGAGGAGGCGGCCGGCAGGACCCCAACAGACACCACGGGGACCCCCCAGCUGAGCCCCCCCGGGCCGGAGCGGCGCCCGCAGAGACCCUCGGCCACGAGGGUGUGA